AUGUUUCUACAAAGGUUAAUAAGAUACCCUAGUCAAUUGUCGUUAUUGCGGAGAUAUACAACUAAUGGUGUCCGUCCAAUAACUUCAUAUUUUCAAUUAUUUCCUAAAAGUUUCCCAAAUGGUGGACCACCAAAGGAUUCAUUUUUAAUUAAUCCAAGACAAUUAAGAAGAGAAUAUCGAGAAUUACAAAGUGAAAACCAUCCAGAUGUUCUUAUAGGUUCAAGUUUCCUACUGGAUAAUAGAACUAAUGAUAGUAGUAAAAAUGACUUUUCAUCGGUUAUUAAUCGAGGAUAUGUGACAUUAAAGAAUCCAUAUACAAGAAUUGCUCAUUAUAUAAAAUUAAAUCAUCCUGAUCAUUUAGAUAUAACUCAAGAUGAUGUAUCCAAGAGGAUUAUAUCUGAACAUCAAAAUAAAUCUAUGGAAGAUUCUUUAGAAUAUAAAAAUAUCUUAAUGGAAGUUUUAGAAGCUCAUGAACAAUUAGAAUUAGCCAAUCUGGAAUCAGAAUUUGAAGGAUUAGAAAUUGAAAAUAAUUCAAGAAUUGAAAAUAGUGAAAAUUUAAUUGAACAAGUAAUUCAAGAAGGUGGUUCCAAUUGGGAUGAACUUAUGAUGCUUGGUAUUCAAUUGAAAUAUUGGGUUAAUAUACAAAAUGCAAUUAAAGAAUGGGAACCUGGAAAGCCAGUCCAUUUGACUCAUUAG